CUGCUAUAGAGGCCCAUACAUCUCACAUAUUUAAUAUGCCGGCUCAUCGAACAAGGCCUGUUUGAACAGAUCUCAUCACACGAACCAUUCAUACACGCCGCUUUACUCUUUCACAUCGAUUCUUCUCUAGCAACAUGGAUCGCCUUUCUAACUAUCGCCUGCUGUCCUUUGAUGUUUACGGCACAUUGAUUGACUGGGAAACCGGUGUUCUUAAUGGCUUGCAGCCCUUGCUCACGGCCAAUGGCGCCAGCUUCGCUCGUGAACACCUCUUGGAAGUGCACCACGAACUCGAACGGACUCAGCAGGAAAAAACACCUCACAUGAAGUACUCUGAGCUGCUCACCACCAUUUACCCUCAGAUCGCCGAGCGUCUGGGUCUGCCCGCUCCCACGGCCGAGCAAGGCAAGGCCUUUGGCGCGUCUAUCGGACACUGGCCUGCAUUCACCGACACUGUUGAGGCUUUGCGGCGUCUGGGUAAGCACUAUAAGCUCGUGGUGCUGUCCAAUGUCGACAGGGAGUCUUUUGCGCUGAGCAACAAGGUUCCGCUGGGAGGAGUCCCGUUCGACCUUGUCAUUACCGCCCAGGACGUGGGUAGCUAUAAGCCCGACCUGAAGAAUUUCGAGCACAUGCUUCGGGAGGUGGAAGUCAAGUUUGGCGUCAAGAAAUCUGAGGUGCUGCAGACGGCGCAGAGCCAGUUCCACGAUCAUCAUCCGGCCAAGAAGAUGGGCAUCAAGUCGAGUUGGAUUGAACGGCCUGGUGCUGUCAUGGGAAACCAAAGCGAUGUUGUCUAUGACUGGAAAUUCGAUACGUUGGGCGACAUGGCUGAUGCACUGGAGCAAGAACUCGCUGGACAGAAGAGACAUGGCGAGGAUGUUUGAAUUCGGGAUGGGAAUAAAGUCAAAUCAUGAUUUAUCAUUGACCUUGGAGUAUGUAGCUACAACAAUUUGAACUACUCCUGCC